UAAUGGAUGCGCUAACGUCGCGAGCCGUUUUAAUAUGCGGUGGUGAAUUGAAACAGCUUUGCUCCCACGUAUCUGUGUUACAUCGGCAUUAACACUUGCGUUACGUCCAGCGACGGCGUUAUUUGGACGCAAACAUGGCGACGCUUGUGUGAGGGGGCUCGAGCUGUUCCAUGGAAUCGACUGCUCCUCCUGCUAAACCCGUUAAGGUCACUGGAAUCCCUUAAUAUGAGUGAUGACAAACCUUUCCAAUGCACUGCUCCUGGCUGUGGACAGAGAUUUACAAAUGAAGACCACUUGGCUGUCCACAAACACAAGCAUGAGAUGACACUGAAGUUUGGUCCGGCAAGGAAUGAAAGUGUCAUCAUUGCUGACCAAACUCCCACUCCGACCCGCUUCUUGAAGAACUGCGAGGAGGUCGGACUCUUUAAUGAGCUCGCCAGCCCGUUUGACCAUGACUUUAAGAAAGUGGCGGAAGAUGACAUCAAAAAGCUACCACUGGACUUGUCGCCUCUAGCAACACCCGUCAUACGCAACAAAAUUGAGGAGCCUGCUGCAAUGGAAGCUCACAGAGAGAGUCCUCUGCCUCACCCAGAGUCCACGACCAGCGAUGACAAGGACUUAUCUUUGCAGCCAGCCUCACUGCCAACAUCCACUAUAGUCCAUCCUGCAUCCCUCCAAGUUCCCAAUGUACUCCUAGCAACUACAGAGGCAAAUGUUGUAAUACAGCCAGCCCUUCCAUCGCCAACAUCUAGCUCUGUUAUUACCCAAGUCCCAUCCACUAAUAGACCUCUAGUACCAGUGUCGGGUACCUUCCCCGUGCUCCUGCAGCUGCCUAACGGUCAGACCAUGCCGGUGGCCAUACCUGCAUCCAUCACAAGCUCCAGUGUGCAUAUUCCAACUACAAUCCCACUUGUCAGACCCGUCACCGUAGUGCCUAACGUCCCCGGGAUCCCCGGACCUCCUUCGCCACAGACGCAGCCGCAGCCGACCCAAUCAGAAGCCAAACUGGCCGUGAACACCACCCUGCACCAGCCGCCUCCUCAGGUAACCAACGGCUGCGACGUCGAAGUCCAGAGCAGCGCGGUGACGCAUACUGCCGCUCCUCCUUCUCCGGCCCCGACGUUAAACCUGGCUCCGGCCACGCCCCAGAAUCUGACUCCCGCUCACCUGCCCGCACCUGAGGAACCGUCGCUGCAGCAACCGGCCACCUCCACCACGGAGACGCCGGCCUCCCCAGUGCCACCUGUUCAAAAUCCACCCAGCACCGGGGGUCGACGGCGCAGAACCACAAGUGAAGACCCAGACGAGAAGCGCCGCAAGUUUCUAGAGCGUAACAGGGCUGCGGCUUCUCGGUGUCGGCAGAAGAGGAAAGUGUGGGUCCAGUCUCUGGAGAAGAAGGCCGAGGACCUCAACUCGGUGAACGGACAGCUGCAGAGUGAAGUGGCCCUGCUGAGAAACGAAGUGGCUCAGCUGAAGCAGCUCCUCCUGGCUCAUAAAGAUUGUCCCGUAACAGCCAUGCAGAAGAAGUCCGGCUAUCACAUUUCCGACAAGGAGGAGAGCUGCGAGGAGAUGUCGGUGCCCAGCAGCCCUCAGAGCGAGGCCAUCCAGCACAGCUCCAUCAGCACCUCCAACGGCGCCGCCCCCGCCGCCUCCACCCAGAGCACAGAGGAGGCUCUGCCACCAGGGGGCGUCACUCAGUCGCAGCCUCUAGGGAGUUGAUCAGCCGAGACCGAGGCCAACAGAAGCGUCCUUGAAGGAAGAGAUGAUCCAUCCUACUUGAUUUUAAGAAGGAAAGGAUGCGUCCUUUAUGACCUUUAUUUUGAAAAGACACUGCUGCAGUUAGCUUCCUUUUAAAAAAGCCUUCGUCAUAAAAGCCUUCUCAGAAUGUGUCCUGAUCGGACGCAUCCUUCAGCGGGGCUUUCUUUAAGGAAGCAUCCUUCCGGAAGCGCAAUCUGCAUUUAAGUCUGUCACUAGUUUUUCUUCAGGAAGCUUCCUUCAAGGACACGGCUUUUUGGUCAGAACAAAGUACAAGUACACAAUAUCUGAGGUACACUGAAGCGACACGUUUCCACAGAGUGGUUGGAAGGAUGAUCUUUGAGUCGAUUCUUAGUGUUAAGAUUUGUUUUGUUGGUGUGUCUAAAAAUGCAAAAUCUCUCUUGUGGAGUGGAAGAGAAGAGAGCCAGCACUUUAGGUGUAAUAUAAAGAUGUAAUUCUUUCUUAUUUAUUCGUUUGAUUGUUAAUAGAUGAAUCGGGAUCAUACCAAAGUGUGUCGCGGCUCACACGUGAAGCUCAGUCGCAGCUAUGACUCUCCUGUCUUAGUGGGAACAAAUGGGGUUUUAGACGUCACAAUAGUUGCGGCAGCUUUUCAGUAUCGCCUCCUUCUUUAGUGCCGCCGCCGAUUCAUACAGUCUGAAUGUCUGAGCUUUACCUCAUCUGUAAAAUAGGCGCCGGUGUGCGACUCAUGACAUUCCACCUGAUUGUUUCACACGCUUUGAUUGUUCAGUUCCUGUCGGCUUGUUUCAGUGCCAUGAAUGUUUUUGUGUCAACUUUACGCAGCGAUCGAGACCAAGGUCUGACCCGUCCUGAGAUGGCGCGAUCAUCAGUGCAGCGGUUUCCAUGUGCUGCUGUAGAGGAGCAGCGACAGUGCUGUGACUUUGUAGUUGAUGUACUUCUCUAGUCAGGAUUCUCUCCAUCGGUUAUUAGUUUUAAAAUCAAAUGUAGAGGGGAAAAAAAGGUGACUGAAGUCGUCUCCAGCGCAACGCGAUCAAUGUAAAGUUUUGAACAUCCUCGGUAGAACUUGCCUUUUCUUCAGUACUGGCUUACUACUGUGUAGUUAUACAAGCUCCCAACUUUCAUCUCUUUCUUGUGCUCUCUGCAUGAAGUAUUGGAUUCUCUGAGAGAAUUUAUUUGAUAAGAUAAAUGUUGUUUCUACUUCAGUUGUAGCUUGGUGAUUUGUUUUUACCGGAACUGCAAAAAAAAGAAAAAAAAAACAUCCAGGUUGAUCUUGUGUCGAAUGUGUAACUUGUAACUUGUGGAAGUUGUGGAUCAAGUUUGAAUUGAUAAGUCGUUGUAAUAAACCUUUUAUUAUCUCUUUAA